AUGUUUUUAUGUUUUUUCUCCCUCUCUUUAUCAUCUUUCGAUCCUGGUGAGUAUGUAUAUGAUGUUAAAGAGGGUGGAGAAAACUUUAUAAUACCUGGACAAACCACCAUUGUCAUUUCAAAUUCUGAAGAUUUUGCGAUCACCUAUGAUAUUAAAGUAACUAGGAUAAAUUCUCACGUUUAUGAAACACAGGAUAGCCAAGGAUCUAUAACUAUUGUACCACUGGAUAAUUCGCGAAUUACUUAUGCAACGUUCAAAAAAACUUUAUUUUCAUGCACAUCAUACAGUUAUAUAUACGGAGAUAAUGCUUAUUAUUCUAUCGCACAUGAAAAAGGAGUUAAUGAUGAUGAAGAAAUGCAAUCUUCGACAUCAAAAUGUAUAAUUUUUAUCUCUAGCUUUCAAUCUACCUUCGACAUAUCAGCAUCAAGUUUACCAGAAGGCUAUUCUUUGUCGGUUUUUGAUUUAAACGCAAAUCAAAUUAUAACGGUUCAAAAUUCUCAAACUACAAAGCAAAUAGGAUUCUCCUUAUUUGCCGUAUGGACAGCUUCAGCGUUAUUACCAGCUGGCAAGCUAAAAAUUGCAUCUUCUACACUUGGUUCAAAAACAUUAUUUUCAAAGCGAAUUGGGACAACAGAAACGAUCUCAAUUCCUCCUAAUUCGUUUUCCAUAGCCUUAAAUCCAUCAUAUUUUACAUUUUCUUCAACUGCAGAUCAAUUAACAGAUUAUUCAUUUCAAUCUACAGAUAAUGCAAGAGUACAAGUAACGGCAAACUCUCCAGCAACACUAUUUUACACUAUAUACAGUUACGAUUCUCUAGAAUGCAAUACAAUUGACAUUUUUGCAGGAUCAAAUUCUUUUUUGAAUGUAGGUCAGAACGGCGGCAAUGUUUCAUUCACAAUGAACCAAAGGAACUGCUUCCUUGUCACUUCAAUAGAUCUCAUGGAUUAUUCAUUUUUUGCGGAAAAAAUGAAGAUGGACAAAAUUUAA